UCAGAGCCUUGGCAACUUUUGCCAAGCUCGUAUCUCAAGCGGGACAACCAUGAACCCGCUCAGGGGUCUUCUUAAGAUGCUAACUGAGAACUUACAAGUCUAUUCGUAUCCAUGCGCGAUUUUGGGCCGUCUAGAAAGAGCUUUGCUACACGCGAAAGGCUGCAAGCCGCACAGAGUGCUUUGACCGGUCAAGUAUGAGAUUGAAGGCGGAAAGCUCGGUGCAUAUGAAUUGGUAUAUAUAUCUAGGAGAUCGACUCGAACAGUAGUCGGAUCUGGACCACUUCCAUCAUCGCUGUGAACGUGUAAUUUUUCGAGACUUAUUACGAAUCAUGUCUCGCAUCUGGUUCAUGUGCGCAAUCUUCGCGCUCGUGACAACACAAGCCUUCGCACAAGACAUAGAUAGAACGCACCACAGUACCGGUAUCAGCAAGCGAAGCGUGGAUUUACUGAGCCUUUUUAGGAGACAGUCAUGUAUUUACACUUGCCCGUCUGGCACAUGUGCAUCAUCCAGCUCAGACCACUGUUGUGAUGGAGGUGGAUACUGUUACUCCUUUGAGGCAUGCUGCAAUGGUGGAUGUAUGGAUGUUACCUCUACAUGCUGUUCUGAUGGCGACGGCGCAUGUGCUUUAGGUGAACAUUGCUGUCUCGACCAGUAUGGCGGCUGCUGUCCUGACAGUUACACCUGCAACUCUUCGAACGGCAAAUGCAGCCCCGGAGGAGGUUCAGAUAGUGGCGGCUCCAGCGGAAACAGUGGAUCCAGUCCAACAGCCGCAACCAUAACCGCAGCGCCGACUGGAAGCAGCGAAUUCAGCUACUAUUAUUACUACAUUACCUGGUAUUAUUAUAGCUACUAUUAUGAGUAUGAUUACGCCAUCCAGCUCUCUACAGUCACAUCAACCUACGUGACUACAUCCACGAGAACCAGCUUUUAUGCAACAGCCUCGGCAGACGCAGAGUCCUCGUUCGAAGCGCUCACAGCUACCUAUGAGCCACCAGCCCCACCACUUUCCGCAACAUCUCUAAGCGCGUCAGCUAGUGCUAUCAAUGCCGCUGCCAGCAAAUCUGCUGGAGGCUCUACAACUGGUGCGAUUGCCACGGCCACUAGCACAUCCGGGACCUUAGGAUCAUCUGGUGGUGGCGUCGCAUCAGCUGCGAAAUCUUCCGCGAUGACAUGGUCUGUGUAUAUCAUGAUGUCCAUCUUUGCCAUCCCGCUCUUGCUCGCGGUCAUCCUUUAAAAAUUCCGAUCAGCGAUGGAAUGUGAAGUGCUCUAUGGAUCAUGUGCUCUCGCGAUACCCUUCGUACUAUAGUCUGAAUAAGUCAAUUUCAGUAAUUUUCAAAAUUACAAAUUCGAAAGUCUAGAUUUUGAAUUGCGUGCACCCUUUGAAAAUGUUUAAA